AUGAAGAGAGACGCAGAGAAGCCAGACGCUCUUGCUUCUUUGCGUAUCUCUUCCAGGUUACCAUCUUUAAAGGCCCAUAUCUCAAAAGUUGGAUCUACACAACCAACUUACCUCCGAUCGCUCUCCUCUAUCAACCGUUCCUUCCACUGCACCUCUUUCCUCAAAUCCCUCCGAUCCUCAUCACUCAUCAAUGUCUGCACUUUCCUAUCAUUCCACUGCUCGUACUGUGGUCCGUGUGCCCUUACAAGCAAAGGCGCUCCACCGAACGGAGAUGGAGUCAGCGAGAUCAGUGAGCUCUCUGAAUCUAGAGGAGCUCUGAACACUUCGACGGUUGUUGUCGUUGUCACGGCGUCAUUGAGAAGAGCAUUCUUCUUGGAUAGUUGGAUUCCUCCUGAUGAUGGGGUGAGAGACACUUGGGAACGGGAUAUCGGAGUUUGCCAAGCGGCACGGAGCCAGUAUAAAGCCCCCACCCCACCCCAUGAAUCUUCACAAUUCCCGAAAACAAUGAAUUUCAAUUUCCUUCUUCUCGUCUUCGUCGCUCUCAUGUGUUUGUCUGUCAUCGAGGCUGCUGAUCCAGAUAUUGGAGGAAUCUUCUCUGGAGUCUCUGGUCUUCUCGGAUCUAUCGGAGGAUUGGCUGGUUCAGCCGGUGGAAAGAAGAAAUAA